CACAUCUGAGUCUUGAUAUAAAAUUUAAAAAAAAACUAUUGAUUUUGAAAGUGCGGAAGAAUAAUUAUAAAUAUGCCACAUGUUUUAUUAAAGUUGUUUACUUUGUGGUGUUUUGGAUUUUCAGUAAUUGUAUGUCUUGAAGAUAUACUUGUUAUUGAUGGACAUAACGAUUUACCAUGGAAUAUAUAUUCCAAACUGGGUUUAAAUUUAUCUAAUUAUGAAUUCACUAAAAACUUAACCUCUGAUCCUGUAUGGGGACGUGAAAAUUGCAAAUCUUGUCAUACGGAUUUGCCAAGAAUGAAAGCUGGAAAAGUCGGUGCACAGUUUUGGAGUGCUUAUGUUUCAUGUAAAAGUAGUUAUAAAGAUGCAGUUGAAUUGACUAUGGAAAUUAUAGAUUUGAUUCAUCGAUUUGUUGAAAAAUAUCCACAGCAUUUAGAAUUUGUUACAACUUCACAAGGUAUCUUAAAUGCUUUUCAAGCUGGAAAAAUUGCCAGUUUAAUUGGAGUAGAAGGUGGCCACUCAAUCGAUUCCCGCUUAGGUAUACUUCGUAAAUAUUAUCAAUUAGGCGUGAGAUACAUGACAUUAACGCACUCAUGUAAUACACCAUGGGCUGAUGCAAGUCCAGUCGACGCAGACCCAAGUGCCCCAAACCAUGCAGGUUUAACUGAUUUUGGCAAGAAAGUAAUUUUAGAAAUGAAUCGAUUGGGAAUGCUAGUCGAUAUAUCUCAUGUGUCACGUCGUGUUAUGGAACAAGUAUUAGAAAUUUCAUUGGCUCCGGUAAUAUUUUCACAUUCAUCAGCGUAUGCAAUUAAUGCGCAUCAUCGAAAUGUUCAAGAUGAUAUCUUAGGAAAAUUGGUAGUGAACAAAGGUAUUAUAAUGGUGAACUUUUAUGCAGGAUUCGUAGCAGCUGACCCUCAAAAGGCUACAAUCGAUACUAUUAUUGAUCAUAUCAAUCAUAUUGUGAAUAUAACCGGGCAUGACAAUGUUGGCAUAGGUGGUGAUUACGACGGUGUAGAAAGACAGCCUCAAGGAUUAGAAGAUGUUUCCAAAUAUCAAGAUUUAUUUGCUGCGUUACAAAGAAAAAAUCCACAACGAUGGACUGUUGAAAAUUUAAAAAAAUUAGGACAUAAAAACCUAAUUCGAGUACUUGCUGAAGCUGAAAAGGUUCGAGAUAGUUUAAUAUUUGCUGAGCCUGAUUCUAGUGUAAUUGACAAAAUAGAUUUGGAAAAUGAAAAUGCUAUCAAUGGUGAUAUAAAAAAAUGUCGCAGUGAUUUAUGAUU